GAGAAAUUGGAAAGCAAAGCGAUCAUCCGGAUUCCCUCUGAAGCCUAUAUAAGUGGGUUGUUAUCCUCGAGUCAAGUGUUCUUAAGUCGUCUCGCCUUCUGUAUAUUUCUUUCUUUCCAAAAGCUCUGUUUCGGAGGAGUCCCGUGGUACGCGAACCCCUCACGAGUCACGCCACCGCGAGUGACAUCCGCCGACUACGGUGGUGGCGUCUGUUCCGCACACUUCUGGCUUCCUCGUAUUUAUCUUUCCCAGGUUAAUCCAAAUGUGAUGGAUGCCAAUUGGAGAUCCACACAAGGCACUGAAUCCACCAUGGAUACAAGUGAUUGGAGAGCUCAACUGCAACCUGAUUCACGUCAAAGAAUUGUCAACAAAAUAAUGGAUACAUUAAAGAGACAUCUUCCUGUUUCUGGUCAAGACGGAUUGCAUGAAUUGCGCAAAAUUGCUCAAAGGUUUGAAGAAAAGAUUUAUACUGCUGCAACAAGCCAGUCUGAUUAUCUUCGGAAGAUAUCUUUGAAGAUGCUUACAAUGGAGAAUAAAACCCAGAAUACCAUGGUCAACCCUUUGCAAUCAAAUGCAGGUGGCCCUAGCAACAAGCCUAUGGAUUCAGGAAUUCCUAUGCAGUCUCAAGUUCACAAUCCAGGGCAGUCACAUGCUAUUCCAUUGCCUAACCAGUCCCAACCGCGUCAACAGCUUCUAUCUCAAAAUAUUCAAAACAACAUUGCUCCUCCUGCAUCCAAUAUAGGCCAGACUCCUAUCCAAAAUGUUGUUGGCCCAAAUUCCAACAUGCAGAAUAAUAUGUUUGGUGGUUCUCAGCGACAGAUGCCGCCAAGGCAGCAGGUUGUUCCCCAACAGCAACAGCAAUCACAGAAUUCACAGCCGUAUCUCUACCAAAAGCAACAGCUUCAACAGCAAUUUACAAGCCAUAAACUCCAGCCUGGGAACAUUCAACACUCACUUAUGCAAUCCCACAUCCAGCAGCAGCCAAACCUGCAAUCCAAUCAAUUGCAAUCUUCACAGCCAUCUGUUAUGCAAACAUCUUCAGUCAUGCAGCCUUCGAUCACACAAACAUCUCUUUCUAGCCUUCAGCAGAAUCAGCAAGCUAAUAAUGCUCAACAGUCAACACAACCCAUGCUCCAGCAACAUUCCCAAUCAGUUAUCAGGCAACAGCAACAACAGACUUCAAUUAUGAACCAGCAACAAACCCCAAUUACUCAACAGCCAAUAUUGCCUCCGCAGCAGCAGCAGCAGCAGCAACUGCUAGCACAACAGUCAAAUGUAACAAGCAUGCAACACCCUCAGCUACUUGGGCAACAGAAUAAUGCUGGUGAUAUGCAGCAACAUCAGAGAUUGCUUGGGCAGCAGAAUAAUCUUCCAAACCUGCAGCAGCGCCAGCAACAGCAGCAGUUGAUAAAUCAGCAAAACAAUCUCUCCAACACACAUCAGCAACAGUUGGGAAGUAACGUGUCUGGGUUACAACAACAACAGCUGCUUGCAAAUCAGUCUGGCAACCCAGGCAUGCAGACUGGUCAGCAUGCUGCACCCAUGCUACAGCAAUCAAAGGUUCCAGUGCAGCAACAAUCACAACAAAAUGUAACAAAUUUAUUACAAUCUCAAGGGCAGCAAUCACAGUCACAGCCUCCACAGCAGCAAUUGAUGCCACAGAUACAAUCUCAGCCUGCACAGCUGCAGCAGCAGCAGCCAAAUCCCUUGCAACGAGAUAUGCAGCAAAGGCUUCAGGCACCGAGUUCUUUGCUUCAACAGCAAAAUGUACUUGAUCAACAAAAGCAAUUAUAUCAAUCUCAAAGAACUCUUCCAGAUUCUUCAUCAACUUCUCUAGAUUCAACUGCACAGACUGGAAAAUCUGGUGCAGAUGAUUGGCAAGAAGAGGUGUACCAAGGGAUCAAGUCCAUGAGAGAAUUAUACUUGCCAGAAUUGAGUGAAAUGUACCAGAAAAUUGCAGCUAAACUUCCACAGCAUGAAGCCCUUUCACGUCAACCCAAGUCAGAUCAGCUUGAGAAGUUGAAGAUGUUCAAAGUAAUGUUGGAGCGCAUCAUAGCAUUUCUACAGAUUCCCAAGGCCAAUAUUGUGCCUGGUAUUAAGGAAAAAAUGGCUUUAUAUGAGAAGCAGGCCAUAAAUUUUAUAAGUUCGAAUAGGCCUAGGAAAGCCAUGUCUUCUAUGCAGCAAGGGCAACUCCCUCCACCUCAUAUGCACCCGGUAUCACAGCCACAAUCCCAGCUUACUCAAGUGCAGUCACAUGAAAAUCAAAUAAACUCUCAGAUGCAACCAACAAACUUACAGAGUUCUGCAGUGACAAUGCCGCAGAAUAAUAUGGCAAGCUUGCAGCAUAAUUCUAUCCCUUCCACUUCUGGUCUCUCAACCACACAGCAGAAUAUGAUUAAUUCUAUGCAACCUGGCACCAAUUUAGAUUCAAGUUCUGUGAAUUCCCUGCAACAUGUUGGAGUGAGCACCCUUCAACAAAACUCUGUGAGUGCUCCUCCACAGACUAAUAUCAGCUCCUUAUCAUCGCAAGGUGGGGGUAGUGUGCUCCAACAAAAUCCAAACCCUGUUCAGCCAGCUUCUAGUAUCCUUCAACACCAGCAACUGAAACAACCACAGGAACCGCAGAUGUUACAGAAUCAACAGUUUAAACAUAUUCAACAGCGGCCAUUGCUUCAAAGGCAGCAGUUGCUGCAGCACCAGCAGCAGUUACAACAGGUAACAAAGCAACAGGUCCCUGCACACAUGCAGACACAUCAAAUGCCACCACUUCACCAAAUUAAUGAUAUGAACGAUGUUAAGAUGAGACAAGUAGUUGGUGUUAAGCAAGGGACCUUCCAGCAACAUCUUCCCUCAGGGCAACGUUCAGCUUAUCCCCAUCAACAGUUUAAAUCAGGGGGUUCAUUUGCUGUUUCUUCACCCCACCUCCUUCAGGCUGCAUCUCCUCAGAUUCCACAACAUUCUUCUCCCCAGGUUGACCAGCAAAAUCUUCCAUCUCUCACUAAAGUUUCCACCCCCCUGCAGUCGGCUAACUCACCUUUUGUUGGUCCUACACCUUCACCUCCCUUGGCUCCAUCUCCUAUGCUAGGGGAUUCUGAGAAACCCAUUUCCGUUGUCUCAUCCGUAUCAAAUGCUGCAAAUAUUGGACAUCAACAAACAGGAACCGCAAUGGUGCCAGCUCAAUCCCUUGCCAUAGGGACUCCUGGAAUAUCACCUUCUCCUUUGCUAGCGGAGUUCAGUGGUCCGGAUGGUGCUCAUGGUAAUGCUUUGGCCGCCCCUUCUACGAAGUUAACCGAUGCAGAUGCAGAGCAGCCUAUUGAACGCCUAAUUAAAGCGGUAAAAUCAAUGUCAUCUAAAGAUUUAACUGCUGCUGUCAGUGACAUUGGCUCAGUGGUUAGCAUGAUUGAUAGGAUAGCAGGAUCAGCGCCAGGCAAUGGAUCCAGGGCUGCUGUGGGUGAGGAUUUGGUUGCCAUGACUAAAUGUCGUCUUCAGGCAAGAAAUUUCAUCAACCAAGACGGAAACAAUGGAACCAAGAGAAUGAGGCGCUAUGUGAAUGCCAUGCCCUUGAAUGUUGUAUCAUCUCCCGAUUGCAUGAACGAUAGUAUGAAGCAGUUAAAUGCUUUGGAAGUUGCUGAUCUGGGUUCAGCUACAACAGCUAGUAUCAAGAAGCCAAGGAUUAAGGCUAAUCAUGCCCUUUUGGAGGAAAUAAGGGAAAUUAAUCAGCGGCUUAUAGACACAGUUGUUGAUAUUAGUGACGAAGAUGUUGAUCCCACUGCAGCAGCUGCUGCUGCUGCUGAUGGGUCAGAAGGGACAAUUGUCAAGUGUUGUUUCAAUGCCGUGGCACUCAGUUCAAGUUUGAAGUCACAAUACGCUUCAGCACAGAUGGUGGGCCCUCAGACCUUGUUGUUGCAAUUUUCUAAUUCGCCAAUUCAGCCUCUGCGGUUGCUUGUCCCCACAAAUUACCCCCACUGCUCCCCCAUACUCCUAGACAAGUUUCCAGUUGAAUCCAGGGGGCAAAAAGAAAAAAGAAAACCUUUUGCAAGUAAAGAGAAUGAAGAUCUUUCGGUGAAGACAAAGUCAAGAUUUAGCAAUUCCUUGCGCGGUUUGCCAGAGCCAAUGUCCCUCGGAGAGAUAGCCAGGACGUGGGAUGUGUGCGCUCGUGCUAUUAUUUCAGAGUAUGCACAAGAAAGUGGGGGAGGGAGUUUCAGCUCUAAAUAUGGCACUUGGGAGAAUUGGCUGAGUGCCGCAUGAUGAUUGUUAUUGAUUUCAUGCUUAACUUAUUUUUGGCCAAAA